AUGCGAACAGCGGAUAUUCCAGACGAUGAGGGGAGUGAGGAGAAGAAGAAUAUCGCUAAAUUUUAUAAUCUGAUGUUACGUCCAAACAUUGGAGAGUUGCUUGGAUCUUUCUUCUUUUCCUUUUUGGCAUGUUUCGCUGGUCAAUAUCAACGUUCAAACGAUCUGGUCUAUCCAUUUCUCUCUGGAUUCUCUCUGUAUAUAUCUAGAAGUCUCGUCGGUCAUCUAACUCCAGCUCAUCUCAAUCCUGCAGUCACUUUUCUACAUUGGCUUCGAAAUGAGAUUCCACUAGUUCUCGCAGUUUCUUUCUGUUUCGUUCAACUAAUUGGAUUUCUAUUUGGAGUCUCUUUAUUUCGAUCAUUAGUUACUCAAACUGAAUUCAAUGACUACAUUGUUAUGUAUGAGAUUGUAGCGGUGGAAGGGAUUCGAAAAAUCAAUCGAUUACAGGCGUUUUUAUUAGAAGUCGUUCUCUCAAUCAUUUUCUUUACGUCUCAUAGCCUAGAAGACAGACAAGAAUCUACAGUUGCUGCGGCAUGGAAUUUUGCUGCAUCGAUUGAGCAUUCCACAUAUCACCAUAGCCACGUGGCUGUUGUUGCUGCUGUUGCAUACGUUGGCUGUUUUGAUGAUGUUGGUGUUGCUGCAGUUGGCUUUGCUGAUAACUGGCUUGAUUCAUACCAACAGAUGGUUGGGGUUGACUGGAUUGAGACCGAAGGAAUGGGGCGGUCGGAGGCCCUCCGCCACUGGCCAUUCCAUUUGACAAAGCGCUCGAUGGAGGCUGAAAAUGCUUUGAAUUUUAUAGAAUCAUGA